AUGUAUAACGACGUGGCGAACUGCAUGCGCUACUGCAAGGGCUGCCGCCGCGUGACCACGGUUACGGUCAACCCUGCCUCCGGCGACACCGUCUGCACCGAGUGCUCGCUCGUCCUGAAGGAGCGUUACGUCGACGAGUCCCUCGAGUGGCGCAACUUCCUCAACCACGGGCCGGCGGCACCAGCCGACAAGUCCCCCAGCCACAUCGACGACCACUUCCUCACCAACCUUCAGCUCGGCACCGCUGUCGCCGGUCCAGCCACAGGCAACGCGGAAACCGACGUGGCGUUACCGAGGAAGAGAGGCGGUGGCGUACCAAAGAAGCGGGGCGCGGCAGCGGCGGCGGCGGCGGCCCCGAAUAGGACGCUCGCCGAGGCGUUCCAAGCCAUGGACGGCAUGGCCGAGCGACUUGGGCUCGCGACGGCCGUCAAGGACCGCGCCAAGGAGGUGCUGAGGAAGCUGGAGGACGCCAAGGCGUUCCCCAAGGGUGGCAAAUGCCGGAACCGGCUGGCGCUCUACGCGGCCUGCCUCCACGUGGCGUGCCGCGCCGAGGGCACGCCGCUCACGUUCAAGGAGCUGGCGUCCGUGACGGGGGACAGCGUCACGGCAGGGAUGAAGGACAUCGGCAGGCUCGUCAAGCACAUCAGGAACCACCUCGAGGAUCAGGAUCAGGAUGCGGAGGGAACGCAGGCAGCCACGCUAGAGAUGGGCGCCGUGGUGCGGGCCGGCGACUACCUCUGCCGCUUCGGCUCGCUGCUCGGGAUGGGGCAAGAGGAGCUGCACGCGGCGCAGGAGGCGGUGCGAAGGUUGGAGAAGGACCUGGACGUGAGGCGCAACCCUGACUCCAUCGCGGCCACCGUCAUCUACAUGGCAAUACAACGCGGUGGCGCCGGGAAAUCCAUCCGGGACGUGUCUGCGGCCACCGGCGUCAGCGAGGUGACCAUCAGGGAGGUGCACAACAAGGACCUCAGCCCACACGCCGACUUGCUGUUCGCCUAGCUACUUAUGCCACGCGCGCCUGCAAUGGCUUCAAAGCAGGUCGCGCUUGGAAACAAUUCUGCUCCAUAUAUUUUCCGUAUCAGUAGUUCACCCCUUGGCAUGUGUGGUUGACAUGUACAAAU